GCCCGGAAGUAACGGCCGGGCCAAGAUGGCUGCAGAGGAGGGAGCCGGCAGUGCUGCUUCCGCCGGCGGUAGCCGGGGCGCCGCGGCCAUAGGGCGGGUUCUACCGAUGCUGUUGGUGCCGGCCCCCGCCGAGGCGAUGGGGCAGCUGGGCUCCCGGGCGCAGCUGCACACACAGCAGGAGGCUCUGGGGAGCCUGACGGCUGCGGGCAGCCUCCAGGUGCUUUCUUUGGCGCCUGGCAGCCGGGGCCGGGGUCGCUGCUGCCUGGAGGGCCCCUUCUGGCACUUUAUAUGGGAGGAUUCUCGUAACAGCAGCACACCAACUGACAAGCCCAAACUGCUCGCUCUUGGUGAAAAUUAUGAACUGCUUAUCUAUGAAUUUAAUUUGAAAGAUGGAAGAUGUGAUGCAACCAUUUUGUAUAGCUGUAGUGGGGAGGCAUUGCAAAAGCUCAUUGAAGAUCAAGAUAUCAGUAUUUCCUUACUGUCUUUGAGAAUCCUGUCAUUUCACAAUAACACAUCAUUGUUGUUCAUCAACAAAUGUAUCAUCCUACAUAUUAUAUUUCCUGAAAGAGAUGCUGCAAUUAGAGUACUCAACUGUUUCACACUACCUUUGCCUGCACAGGCAGUGGACAUGAUUAUUGACACGCAGCUCUGCAGAGGAAUUCUUUUUGUUUUGAGUAGUUUAGGCUGGAUCUACAUUUUUGAUGUUGUGGAUGGUACAUAUGUAGCUCAUGUGGAUUUAGCACUUCACGAAGAAGAUAUGUGUAAUGAGCAGCAACAGGAGCCAGCCAAAAUUUCUUCAUUUACUUCACUGAAAGUGUCUCAAGACCUCGAUGUUGUAGUGAUUGUCAGUUCAUCCAACUCUGCAAUUGCUCUUAACUUAAAUUUGUAUUUCAGGCAACACCCAGGACACCUACUGUGUGAAAGAACACUAGAAGACCUUCCUAUUCAAGGACCUAAGGGGAUAGAUGAAGAUGAUCCUGUUAACUCUGCCUACAACAUGAAACUGACCAAGUUUUCUUUCCAAAUUGAUAGGUCUUGGAAAGCCCAGCUAUCAUCAUUGAAUGAAACAAUAAAGAACUCCAAACUGGAGGUUUCCUGUUGUGCUCCAUGGUUCCAGGAUAUUUUGCAUUCAGAGUCACCUGAAUGUGGUAACCACAGUACAAGUGUGCAGAGCUGGGCUUUCAUUCCACAGGACAUAAUACAUGGGCAAUAUAAUUUUCUACGGAAAGAUCAUGCCAAGACCAGUGAUCCAGGAAGAUCAUGGAAGAUAAUGCACAUCGGUGAACAAGAGGAACCCAUAGAUCUUAAAUGUGUGUCUGUGACAGGAUUCACUGCACUGUUUACUUGGGAAGUGGAAAGGAUGGGCUAUACCAUUACCCUCUGGGAUUUGGAGAACCAGGGCAUGCAGUGUUUUUCCCUUGGCAGAAAGUGUGUUCCUGUAGACAGUAGUGGAGAGCAGCAACUGUGCUUUGUUUUGACAGAGAAAGGACUCUCUCUGAUUUUGUUUGGUUUGACACAAGAAGAGUUUUUAAACAGACUCAUGAUCCAUGGAAGUGCCAGCACUGUGGACAUUCUUUGUCAUCUCAAUGGCUGGGGGAGGUGCUCCAUUCCCAUACAUGCACUAGAGGCCGGGAUAGAAAAUCGUCAGCUGGACACAGUAAAUUUCUUUUUGAAGAGCAAAGAAAAUCUUUUUAAUCCAUCCUCAAAAUCUUCUGUAUCUGAUCAGUUUGAUCACUUUUCAUCCCAUUUAUAUUUAAGAAAUGUGGAAGAGCUGAUGCCAGCAUUGGAUUUACUUUGCUCAGCAAUUAGAGAAAGUUAUUCUGAACCCCAAAGCAAACACUUUUCAGAACAAUUGCUUAAUCUUACACUGUCUUUCCUUAACAACCAAAUAAAGGAGCUUUUUAUUCACACUGAAGAACUAGAUGAACAUCUGCAAAAAGGAGUGAACAUUUUGACUAGCUACAUUAAUGAACUUCGAACCUUCAUGAUAAAGUUUCCUUGGAAGCUAACAGAUGCUAUAGAUGAAUAUGAUGUACAUGAAAAUGUCCCCAAAGUAAAGGAGAGCAAUAUAUGGAAGAAACUCAGCUUUGAGGAAGUUAUUGCCAAUGCCAUUUUAAACAACAGAAUACCAGAGGCACAGACUUUCUUCAGGAUUGAUGGUCAUUCUGCUCAGAAACUUGAGGAGCUGAUUGGCAUAGGCCUAAAUUUGGUCUUUGACAAUUUAAAAAAGAACAAUAUAAAGGAAGCCUCUGAACUUUUGAAGAAUAUGGGGUUUGAUGUAAAAGGCCAAUUGCUCAAGAUAUGCUUCUACACAACUGAUAAAAAUAUACGUGACUUUUUGGUUGAAAUUUUAAAAGAAAAAAAUUAUUUUUCUGAAAAAGAGAAAAGAACUAUAGACUUCGUGCAUCAAGUUGAGAAGCUUUAUUUGGGACAUUUCCAAGAAAAUAUGCAAAUCCAGUCAUUUCCCAGGUAUUGGAUAGAGGAACAAGAUUUUUUCAAGCACAAAUCCGUUUUGGACUCAUUCCUGAAAUAUGAUUGUAAAGAUGAAUUUAACAAACAGAACCAUAGAAUUGUGUUAAAUUGGGCUCUGUGGUGGGAUCAACUAACACAGGAAUCCAUCAUUCUCCCCAGGAUAAGUCCAGAAGAAUACAAAUCAUAUUCCCCUGAAGCCCUCUGGAGAUACCUCACAGCUCGCCAUGAUUGGUUAAACAUUAUCUUAUGGAUUGGAGAAUUUCAAACCCAGCAUGGUUAUACUUCAUUUCAGCAGAACAAAUGGCCCCUUCUGACUAUUGAUGUUAUUAACCAGAAUACUUCCUGUAACAACUACAUGAGGAAUGAAAUUUUAGAUAAGCUGGCCAGGAAUGGGAUUUUUCUGGCAUCUGAACUGGAAGACUUUGAAUGCUUCCUCCUAAGACUGAGCCGUAUUGGAGGUGUAAUACAGGAUACCCUCCCUGUUCAAAACUACAAGACCAAAGAAGGUUGGGAUUUCCAUUCUCAAUUCAUUCUCUAUUGUUUGGAGCACAGUCUGCAGCAUCUUCUUUAUGUCUACCUUGACUGUUACAAACUUAGUCCUGAAAAUUGUCCCUUUUUGGAAAAAAAAGAGUUACAUGAAGCACACCCUUGGUUUGAAUUUUUAGUUCAGUGUCGACAAGUUGCCAGUAAUUUAACAGAUCCCAAACUGAUCUUCCAGGCUAGCCUCGCAAAUGCUCAGAUUUUGAUUCCCACCAAUCAGGCCAGUGUAAGCAGUAUGCUAUUGGAAGGACAUACCCUCCUGGCCCUUGCUACUACAAUGUAUUCUCCUGGAGGUGUCAGCCAGGUUGUUCAGAAUGAAGAAAAUGAAAACUGUUUGAAGAAAGUGGAUCCCCAGCUUUUGAAGAUGGCAUUAACUCCUUACCCCAAGCUAAAAACUGCUCUCUUCCCACAGUGCACUCCUCCUAGUGUCCUGCCAUCUGAUAUUACACUCUACCACCUUAUUCAGUCAUUAUCACCCUUUGAUCCUAGCAGAUUGUUUGGCUGGCAGUCUGCUAACACACUAGCUAUAGGAGAUGCAUGGAGUCAUCUCCCACAUUUCUCUAGCCCUGACCUGGUUAAUAAAUACGCUGUAGUGGAACGUCUGAAUUUUGCUUAUUAUUUACAUCAUGGACGGCCAUCAUUUGCAUUUGGUACUUUUCUGGUCCAGGAAUUAAUCAAAAGCAAGACUCCCAAGCAACUGAUCCAGCAAGUAGGCAAUGAAGCCUACGUUAUAGGGCUCUCCUCCUUCCACAUACCUUCAGUAGGAGCUGCAUGUGUUUGUUUCUUAGAAUUGCUUGGCCUUGACAGCCUCAAACUCAGAGUUGAUAUGAAAGUGGCCAAUAUAAUUUUGAGAUACAAGUGCAGAAAUGAAGAUGCUCAGUACAGCUUUAUCAGAGAGUCUGUAGCCGAAAAACUAUCUAAACUAGCUGAUGGUGAAAAGGCAACCACAGAAGAAUUGCUUGUUCUCUUAGAAGAAGGCACAUGGAACAGCAUUCAGCAACAGGAAAUAAAGAGGUUAUCCAGUGAAUCUAGCAGCCAGUGGGCAUUAGUGGUACAGUUCUGCAGGCUACACGAUAUGAAACUAAGCAUAUCUUACCUCAGAGAAUGUGCCAAAGCAAAUGAUUGGCUGCAGUUCAUUAUUCACAGCCAACUCCACAACUACCACCCAGCAGAGGUGAAAUCCCUUAUCCAGUACUUCAGCCCAGUCAUUCAGGACCACUUAAGGCUGGCUUUUGAGAACUUGCCCUUAGUGCCCACCUCCAAAAUGGACAUCAAUCAAGUCUGCAAUAAGUCCUCCCAGGAACUUCAGGGAAGCAAAGAAGUGAUGACCGAUUUAUUUGAAAUUCUGCUCCAAUGCUCAGAGGAGCCAGACUCCUGGCACUGGCUUCUGGUUGAAGCAGUGAAACAACAGGCCCCUAUCCUCAGUGUUCUGGCCUCAUGUCUCCAGGGUGCCAGUGCCAUUUCAUGUCUCUGUGUUUGGAUCAUCACUUCUGUGGAGGACAGUGUUGCAACUGAAGCCAUGGGACGCAUUCAGGACUCGAUAGAGGACCAUACCUGGAACCUUGAGGAUCUUUCAGUCAUCUGGAGAGCAUUAUUAACAAGACAGAAGAGCAAAACUCUCAUCAGAGGUUUCCAGCUUUUCUUUAAGGAUUCCCCAUUACUAUUGGUGAUGGAGAUGUAUGAACUGUGUAUGUUCUUCAAGAAUUAUAAAGAAGCUGAAGCUAAACUUCUGGAGUUUCAGGAGAGCCUUGAAAUACUUAACACAGCAGCCACAAAGGUCCACCCUGUCAUCCCUGCUAUGUGGCUGGAGGAUCAGGUGUGUUUCCUUUUGAAGCUUAUGCUACAGCAGUGUAAGACCCCAUAUGAGCUGGGGAAGCUUUUACAGCUCUUUGUUGAAAGAGAGCAUCUCUUCUCUGAUGGUCCAGAUGUGAAAAAGCUGUAUGUCCUUUGCCAAAUUUUGAAGGAUACAUCCAUAGCCAUUAAUCAUAUAAUUAUUACCUGCUACAGCAUUGAGAAUUUUCAGCAUGAAUGUAAAUCUAUUUUGGAAAGACUGCAGACAGACGGACAGUUCGCUUUGGCCAGGAGGGUAGCAGAAUUAGCUGAGUUACCUGUGGACAACUUGGUUAUUAAAGAGAUAACACAGGAAAUGCAGACUCUAAAACACAUUGAACAGUGGUCACUAAAACAAGCAAGAAUUGACUUCUGGAAAAAAUGCCAUGAGAAUUUUAAGAAACAUUCAAUUUCAAGCAAAGCAGCUUCGUCCUUUUUCUCAACUCAGGCCCAUGUGGAAUGUGAGCACCCAGCUGGAUGGAGCAGCAUUGAGGAACGCCAUCUGCUGCUCACCUUGGCAGGGCACUGGCUUGCCCAGGAGGACGUAGUGCCCUUGGACAAGCUGGAGGAGCUGGAGAAGCAGAUCUGGCUCUGCCGCAUCACCCAGCACACUCUUGGAAGAAAUCAGGAGGAAACAGAGCCCAAAUUUUCUCGACAGAUCUCAACUAGUGGUGAACUUUCCUUUGAUAGUUUAGCCAGGGAGUUUUCCUUCUCCAAGUUGGCUGCUCUGAACACAUCAAAAUACUUAGAACUUAACAGCCUUCCAUCCAAAGAGACAUGCGAGAAUAGACUGGAUUGGAAAGAGCAGGAGUCACUAAACUUUUUGAUUGGGCGCCUACUGGAUGAUGGCUGUGUGCAUGAAGCAAGUAGAGUAUGCCGGUAUUUUCAUUUCUAUAAUCGAGAUGUCGCCUUGGUAUUGCACUGCAGAGCACUGGCCUCAGGAGAAGCUAGUAUGGAGGAUCUGCACCCGGAGAUCCAUGCUCUCCUACAAAGUGCUGAGCUGCUUGAGGAAGAACCCGACAUUCCCCUAAGGAGAGUCCACAGCAGACAUAAGCAGAUGUUCAACCCAACAGAGGAAAGCCAGACAUUUCUUCAGCUGACCACUCUGUGUCAAGACCACACAUUGGUAGGCAUGAAGUUGUUGGAUAAGAUUUCCUCCGUUCCCCAUGGGGAAUUGUCUUGCACCACAGAGCUCCUGAUCCUGGCCCAUCAUUGCUUCACCCUGACGUGCCACAUGGAGGGCAUCAUCCGAGUCCUACAGGCCGCCCGGAUGCUCACAGAUAACCACCUGGCCCCCAGUGAGGAGUAUGGGCUGGUGGUACGGCUCCUCACUGGCAUUGGAAGGUACAACGAGAUGACAUACAUAUUUGAUUUGCUGCAUAAAAAGCACUACUUUGAAGUGCUGAUGAGGAAGAAGUUGGAUCCGAGUGGUACCCUGAAGACAGCCCUGCUGGACUACAUCAAACGCUGCCGUCCUGGAGACAGUGAGAAGCACAAUAUGAUUGCCCUGUGCUUCAGCAUGUGCCGGGAGAUUGGCGAGAACCACGAGGCAGCUGCCCGCAUCCAACUGAAACUGAUUGAGUCUCAGCCCUGGGAGGACAGUCUCAAGGAUGGGCACCAGCUGAAGCAACUGCUGCUGAAGGCCCUGACUCUGAUGCUGGAUGCAGCAGAGAGUUAUGCCAAGGACUCCUGUGUGCGACAGGCCCAGCACUGUCAGCGGCUCACCAAGUUGAUAACUCUGCAGAUUCACUUUCUGAACACUGGCCAGAACACCAUGCUCAUCAACUUGGGCCGCCACAAGCUAAUGGACUGUAUUCUGGCCCUACCUCGGUUCUACCAGGCUUCUAUUGUGGCUGAGGCCUAUGAUUUUGUUCCAGAUUGGGCUGAAAUUUUAUACCAGCAAGUGAUACUUAAAGGAGACUUUAAUUACUUGGAAGAAUUUAAGCAGCAAAGGUUAUUAAAGUCCAGUAUAUUUGAAGAGAUUUCCAAAAAAUAUAAACAACAUCAGCCUACUGACAUGGUCAUGGAAAACCUGAAGAAAUUACUCACAUAUUGUGAAGAUGUUUACCUGUAUUACAAGUUGGCAUAUGAACACAAGUUUUAUGAAACUGUAAAUGUGCUUCUGAAGGACCCUCAGACAGGUUGCUGUCUAAAGGACAUGCUAGCAGGUUAGAUGAUUUCAUAGGUGCCUGUUUUCUUGUACUGUUAGCAGGUUCUGACAGAUAUGAUGAGUAGAAUAAUGCAUUGGAGAUUUUUGUUAAAGUUGAACAAUCCCGGUACUGUACCAUAUCAGUCCUUUGUGGGUAGUAGGCAGCAAAUGAGAAACUUUUCAGAAGGAAAUUCCUAUUUGAAAUGGACUGAUUUUAGAUGACUGUUCAUCUAUACCAUUUUAUAUAGAUACUAGUAUUAAGAUCAAAAGCUUCCUCUUCCUCAGGACAGCUUCUACUUUAGAUGAUCCAACAGUAAUUAAAGAAUAUACCUGUACCUGCAGAUUCCAGUUUCAAAGAAAUUUAAUAUUAUUUACACAGUUAAGGAACAGGUGAUACAUUUUCAUUUGUUAGAAACUGAUCUUUCUGUAAUAAAAUAGAUUUUCAAUUCA